AUGGCCAAGGCGUCGCGUCCCUGCCGGGGAAGAUUUUGUCGCGUCCCACCACGCAGGCUGCCGACGUUCGGCAGCGUCGAGGACGCGCCGGCGGGGUAUGAGAAGAACCCUGAGGCCAUCGAGCUUGCCCGGUUCGCCGUCUCCGAGCACAACACCAAGGCCAACACGGCGCUGGAGUUCGAGAGGGUGGUGAAGGCGAGGGGACAGUUGGUGGCCGGGACCUUGCACUACUUUACCAUCGAAGUUAACCAAGCCGGCGCCAACAAGCUUUACGAGGCCAAGGUCUGGGUAAAGGAGUGGGAGAGCUUCAAGGAGCUCCAGGAAUUCAAGCCGGCCGAUUAA